AUCAUUAGUAUUUUCCUGCAAUCGCGUUGUGGCUCGCGUUUGGUCCUCGGCGCCGCCCGUAGCCCUGCGACAACCCGUGACGUCACCGGCUGAGGAGGAAGGCUUUCCUAAUCCAAACACGGAGGCGACAUCAUCCUCCACAGCGAUCAAUUCUCCGGCUGAUUCCCCUCAUCCCCGCGGACCCGCUGCUCACCAUGGCCGCCCAGAAGAUCAACGAAGCCCACGAGCACAUGGCCAAAGCGGAGAAGUGCUUAAAGACGAGCAUGACGAAGUGGAAGCCGGAUUUCGACAGCGCUGCGUCAGAAUACGCCAAAGCAGCUGUUUGCUUCAAGAACGCCAAACAGUACGAUCAAGCCAAGGAUGCGUACCUGAAGGAGGCGGAGUACCACACAGAAAACAAGACCCUCUUCCACGCUGCAAAGGCGAUUGAGCAGGCUGGUAUGAUGAUGAAGGAACAAAAGAAGAUGCCUGAGGCCAUCCAGUACAUAGAGAAAGCCUGUAUGAUGUACAUGGAGAACGGGACCCCGGACACUGCUGCGAUGGCUCUGGACAGAGCUGGAAAACUGAUCGAGCCUUUAAACUUGGAGAAAGCUGUGGACCUGUACCAGAAGGCAGCCGGUGUGUUUGAGAAUGAGGACCGCCUGCGUCAGGCUGUUGAGCUGCUGGGCAAAGCCUCUAGACUUCUGGUCAGAUUAAGAAGGUUGGAUGAUGCAGCUGUCGCCAUACAGAAAGAGAAGAACAUGUACAAAGAGAUUGAGAACUUCCCCAUGUGCUUCAAGAAAACAACUGCCCAAGUGCUGAUUCAUCUUCACCGAGUGGACUACGUAGCUGCUGAUAAAUGCGUCAGAGAAAGUUACAGUCUGCCUGGCUACAGUGGAAGUGAAGACUGCCUUGCCAUGGAGACGCUACUGCAGGGCUACGACGAGCAGGACGAGGACCAGGUCUACCGCGUGUGCAACUCACCUUUACUGAAAUACAUGGACAAUGACUACGCCAAGCUGGCCAUUUCCCUGAGGGUACCCGGAGGAGGAAAGAAGAAGAAGGCUGCGGCUGCUCCACAGGGGGGCGCUAGCGGGGCGCCGGCCGCUGACGAUGAGGACGAUUACGAGGGCGGUCUGUGUUAGCCUCCAGUGAGAGCAUCGACUCAACCCAUCUGCUGCUCCACCACCACCUCACCCUCUGUGUACAAGUUAAAAACACCUCGACUUACCCUCUCAGCCCUGAACCCCAGAAAGGCGACAGUUUAAAAUCUUAAUUGUGCAAAAAAUAUUAAGAGGAAAAAAACAACAACAUUCACGGUAGGUGUUGCAGAAGAGUUGCGUUUAAACAGAUUUUUUUAUUUGUUUUCUUUGAGCUGGAUCCUCAGUGUAAUGAAAAAUCUUUAAUGUUCGAUAAUGUAUCAAAGCCUGUUGUACGUAAAAGUUCUCGUCUCUGUGAAGCUGUACAUUCUGCCGUUAUUGUCUGUAGGUAGUUUACAAUAGAUAUAUAUAUAUAAUUAAUCAGAAAUGCUCUAAUAAAUAUGCCCAGUAAGAUGAUCAGUGUAUAGGUGUUUAUUUGUAUUGACUUAUAUUUUAUUCAGGAUUGACGGCUGAGGCCGGUUGAAGAUCCACUGGAACAAUAUGCAAUGAGUCUGUCCAUGCAUGUCUGGAUUUCAGAUGGUAAAUCAAAUUCAAUGCUAUCGUCAAUUCAUAUUAUUAAUAUUGAUGCAUAAAAGAAAUUCACACUACUGUCUUGAGCAUCAGCGCUUAAAGAAGAUUCAAAGAGCUGUAAUAUUCCUGAUGACGCAGCUUAUAUCCAAUCGUAGACUGUUUUCACUCGUCUACCUCGAGGUCUUGAUUACAGCUUCCUUUGUGCAAUUCUCAAACUAAAGUGACCAACACAUGAAAAAGGGACUGUGUGGUGGUGUGUUCUGUGCAUUCAGCCCAUUGUUUUCCUUUGUAAUGUUGGAUUUGUGCGUUUCUUUACCUUAUUGCUCCGACUAUAAAUGUGAGAAACCGUCUGUAAGAACAUCAUUUAAAUGCCAGUUGAAAACUUUCUAAUAUCACAAUUAGAAUAGUAAAAAAAAAGGGACUGUUUACAUUUUUGUUAUUUGUGCUGUCGCCCACGUCUUUUAUUUAUAUAUACAUAUAUAUAUAUAUAUAUUCAGGAGCUGAUCUCAAAACUUUGCACAUACAUCAAUAAACAUUUCCCUUGUGUGGCA